AUGAGGCGCGGGCUGCGGGCGCAGCGGCGAGCAGCAUGGCCGGGCCGGGGCCGGGCCGGGGCCAGGGCGGCCGGCGCGGCAUCCCCAAGCGCAAGCCAACUUCACGCUGCAGGAGAUCGACAUCCUGAUGAGCGAGGUGCGCGCUACGAGCAGCUGCUGUUCGGGGCCAGUCCACAACGUGACAGCCUACGAGAAGCAAGAUCUGGUGGCGCAUCACCAACAAGAUCAACGCGGCGCCGCAACCAGCGCGACAUCGGCGAGGUGAAGAACCGCUGGCGCGGCCUGCGCCGCCGGGCAACGACAAGAUCACCGCACCGCCAGGAGCGCCAGGCGCCGCCCGACGUCCGCGGCUACCCGUGCCCCGCGGCGCCGAGCCCGCGAGCCCGAGCUCGGCCCGCAAUGGGCUUGCACGGCGUGUGCCCGCUGGACGCGCGCCCGGCUCCGGCGAGGUGCCCGCGCCGCAGGGCCAUAAACCAGAUGAUCACAAUGGUCCCUUCUGGGCUUGGAGUCUGUGAAUCAGAGGGAGAUGUUUGGAGUCAAGGGACGGGUGUGAAGGAGGAGCCAGUAAAGGAGGAGCCAGUGGAUGUGAAGCCAGAACCAUUCCAUACGCCUUCCACUGAGGCUGUCCAUCAACAAGUGACGCGGGGAGGAGAGAGGCGGCUCCUCAGGAGUGCUGGCCAUGUGCCGGACGAUCCAUGUGAAGGCUGGAGCCGGAGCCCGCAGAAUCCCUCGCAAACUGAACUCGCCAUCAGCGAGCUGGGAGGGCAGCAGGAGCCCCUGGGCACGGAUUUCACAAGUAUUAUCUUUGACCAAGAGGCAGAGCACCUGAAUGACUGUAAUGCAAGUGAAAGCGUGACCCCUAUAACUGUAGCACUGCAGGAGGGGGGGCUGGAGAGUGGCCAUCUCAGCCCUGUGGAGAAGCGGAUUCUCCAGUCCAAUGAACAGCUGGUGCAGGAGAUGCGAGCCUUCCGCAGGGAGUACACGGAAAGUCGCAGGGAAACUGCCUCUAUCCUACGCAUCAUUGCCAAGGCCCUCAGCAGUGUGAGCAGCAGCCUCUGUGAGAUCCGCGAUCUCUACCUCCGACAGCAAGUGACCCCCAAGCAGUGAGAGGCCACUAGGCCGGGUCAUCAUCCAGCGUGGGUCUGGGAGGUCCUACCCGCCCCCCCCCCUCCCAGGGAGGGAAGUGCUUAGGGGCUGCAUGGAACAGAGACGUGAACCACCCCUCAGCCAGCGGGAGAGAGAUCUGGGGUUGGGGACAUGGUUCUCCCACGCUUCCCCCCCACACUUUCCCUACUUGAAUAAAACUCUGAACUGGC